GUCCGCACUUACAUCUGGAUAUUAACUUUGAACGUGAGGGCUGAAACUAACCUCACACCUUUAUUGUCCUUUAUUUUGCCGCUGUGGACGAUCUAAGUGCUUUGCGAUCGAAAAUGGCGACUUCUCCGACCCCGUCGGUCCGCAACCACGACGUCGCGGACGCCAAACCAUCGUUUUUCAGCAAUGCAUCGAAGAAGGCGUCCGAGUACCACUCGCGUGUGCCAUACCUUAGCAAGCUACCCUUCCGAGCAAUCGCAAUCAUCAUCACCCUCAUUGUUGUGAAUCUGAUUGUCUGGGCGGUGGUUGGUGUAGUUCUGCACUUCAACACGCCGCUAGUCUCAACAGCAAUCCUAUCCUACACCCUAGGACUCCGCCAUGCUUUAGAUGCGGAUCACAUCUCCGCUAUCGACCUGAUGACACGGCGUCUGAUCGCCGCAGGCCAGCGUCCCGUAACUGUAGGCAUGUUCUUCUCGCUCGGCCACUCGACCAUUGUCAUUAUCACUUCGCUUGUCGUAGCUGGGACGGCAGCAGCUGUCUCCUCAAAGUUCGACAGCUUUGAGCGUAUUGGUGGCAUCAUUGGUACCUCCGUGUCAGCCGCCUUCUUGCUGCUUCUCGGCAUCAUGAACAUCUACAUCCUGUACAAGCUGAUUGUACAGAUGCGGAAGAUUCUUGCCAGCCAGCCAGGGCAAGAACAUGAAGAGUUCAAGAUUCAGGGCGGCGGAUGCUUGUUUCCGGUCCUGCAAAAGUUGUUCAAGUUGGUAGACCGACCGUGGAAGAUGUACCCUCUCGGUGUUCUCUUUGGUCUGGGGUUCGACACGUCGUCAGAAAUCGCCAUCCUUGGUAUCAGUUCGAUACAAGCCACCAAGGGCAUCUCAAUCUGGCUGAUUUUGAUCUUCCCGUUAUUGUUCACGGCGGGUAUGUGUCUGCUUGACACAACUGAUGGUGCGCUCAUGAUGAGUCUCUAUACCAGCACGCAGCUUGCGAGAGAUCCCAUAGCGAUUUGCUACUACAGUAUCGUCCUCACGGUCAUCACCGUUAUUGUUGCGACUAUCAUCGGAACUGUGCAGUUUCUCAACCUAAUCUUGAACGUCGCUGAACCAGAGGGCAAGUUCUGGGAUGGAGUAGUGAAGCUGGGCGAAAGCUGGGACAUCGUUGGUGGUGCUAUUUGCGGCGCGUUCGUUGUCUUUGGCGGUCUUAGCGUUUUGCUAUAUAAACCAUGGCGCCGGAGGGUGGAUAAGAAGAGGCUUGGAAGCGCGCGCUUCGAGCCACUUGCGCAGGACACUGACACAACCGUGCGCAUUGAUGCGGGGCAAUCAAAUGGCCUAAUGAGUGCCGGCGAAGGGUCGAAGGACAUUGAUGUUGUGGUGCUGUCUGUCGAAGCGACUGGUCUUGCCGGACCUGCACAUCGUUAGAAUACGCCUGACCGUAGGCAGCAGGCGCAGCAUGGCUACAAAGUAGUCUGUCGAACUCAGCCUGCCAAUAUGGCACAGCUGCAUAUAUUCUUGCGUUGUAAGGUCUCGUAGCUUAAGAGCCAAUGAAGUGCCGCGCCACACUGCGGCCAUUGUUCGA